UCCGUCAUAAUGACUUUGGUUCCGCUUGAACCGUACAAGCACGGUGCUGCCCGCUCCAACAUGUCCAAACAUUAUUUGUAGCUGACUACACUUGGAAUAAAAAACAAAAAACAACAUGCCAGGGAUGUUGAAGAAUCGUCGGACCUUUUGUGUUGUUGUUUUUAUCCUGUGUCGGUCAAGCGUCGUGACAUUUUUGUCAGUGUCAUCGCUAGAGCAUGACGACCUGGUGCUGCCAGAAGAACCCGACUCGGAGAGCAGACCCAAAUUAAUGGAGUCAGCGGAAGCGAAAGUAACCAAGAGACAGUUCAAGACGGCCGAGAUCGCCGACGCCGUAAUGGGCACCGAGGCCCCCAUCGACCCGUCCGACAUCGAGUCGCUCUUCCCUAAAAAUGUGAAAGACUUCCCCUCGGCCUUCUCGCCGCCUUGUGACGACGGGGAGUGCGCGGUGGUCGCCGAGGACGAGGAGAGUGCUGAAGCCCUCCAGCAGGUGACACUGGACAUGGUGCACGCCCCUGCUGAAGACAAGAACACCGAGGCCGCCAAGACCUACAAGAUCACCUGUGACAAGAGGAACAUCACAGCCACGGACACCUUUACCGUGCAGGUCCUCAACGCCUCACAGGACUUGAUGGAUUUCCUCAACGCAAACGGCACUGAGUGUUCCGUGGUGCUCUUCUUCACCGCCUGGUGCCAGUUUUCGGCCAGCCUGGCGCCUCACUUCAACGCGCUGCCUCGCCUUUUUCCCAGCAUGCACUUCCUAGCCCUGGACGCCUCGCAGCACAGCAGCCUGUCCACCAGAUUUGGGACUGUGGCGGUACCCAACAUCCUCCUCUUCCAAGGAGCCAAACCCAUGGCUCGCUUCAACCACACCGACAGAACCCUGGACAUGCUCUCCUCCUUCAUCACCAACCAGACAGGCUUGGAGGCGGGGCUAGAGAGGAACGUGACUGACGCCGACCGCCUGGGUCCGCUGCGCAGCAUGCCGGUGAAGAGCAUCGACUGGCUGCUGGUCUUCUCCGUUCUCUUCAUCACGGCCUUCACUGUGUACGGCAUCUUGAGGACCGACAGCAUCCGGUGGCUCAUCCCGGGCCAAGAGCACGAGCAUCAGGACUGAUACCUUGCCAACAGGUCUGAUUGGUUGUUCAUCUGAUCAUGACACAUUCGUUUUUUUUUUUUUUUAAUUAAAUAUGAGGAGAUGAUCUUGGAAAAAACUCAGUUUUUGUUGUGUCGAUAAACUGUAGCAAGAAGUUUGAUGUUGACAGUAAGGGAAACUGCAUGAAAAUCUUUACUUUGCCCCCACCAAGAUGGCCGCCACAUAGGCAUGCCAAUUAGCAUGAAAUCUACAGCGCUGAAUCGCUGAUGUAUCUUAAUCUUUUAUACUGCUUGCAAUAUGAAUCUUAUGUCUUAGACUGCAAACAGUAGGGCGAUUUUGCAACGAGAAAGUGCACUUUUCAAUCAGGCAGUGAGGUGACCAGCAACAAAGAAGAAUGAGAACAAAUCAGGAAAACGGGACAAUGCUGAGAACAUAAAGUGGGGCAAAAAAGUAUUUAGUCAGCCAGCGAUUGUGCAAGUUUUCCCACUCAAAAUGAUGACAGAGGUCUGUCAUUUUCAUCAUAGGUACACUUCAACUGUGAGAGACAGAAUGUGAAAAACAAAUCCAAGAAUUCACAUUGUAGGAAUUUUUAAGAAUUUAUUUGUAAAUUAUGGGGGAAAAUAAGUAAUUGGUCAACCAUUCAAAGCUCUCACUGAUGGAAGGAGGUUUUGGCUCAAAAUCUCACGAUACAUGGCCCCAUUCAUUCUUUCCUUAACACGGAUCAAUCGUCCUGUCCCCUUAGGAGAAAAACAGCCCCAAAGCAUGAUGUUCCCACCCCCAUGCUUCACAGUAGGUGUGGUGUUCUUGGGAUGCAACUCAGUAUUCUUCCUCCAAACACGACGAGUUGAGUUUAUACCAAUAAGUUAUAUUUUGGUCUCAUCUGACCACAUGGCAUUCUCCCAAUCCUCUGCUGUAUCAUCCAUGUGCUCUCUGUCAAAGUUCAGACAGGCCUUGACAUGCACUGGCUUAAGCAGGGGGACACGUCUGGCACUGCAGGAAUUGAUUCCCUGUCGGCGUAGUGUGUUACUGAUGGUAACCUUUGUUACUUUGGUCCCAUCUCUCUGCAGGUCAUUCACCAGGUCCCCCCGUGUGGUUUUGGGAUUUUUGCUCACCGUUCUCAUGAUCCUUUUGACCCCACGGGAGGAGAUCUUGCGUGGAGCCCCAGAUCGAGGGAGAUAAUCAGCGGUCUUGUAUGUGUUCCGUUUUCUGAUGAUUGCUCCCACUGUUGAUUUUUUCACACCAAGCUGCUUGCCUAUUGUAGAUUCACUCUUCCCAGUCUGGUGCAGGUCUCCAAUACUUUUCCUGGUAUCCUUUGACAGCUCUUUGGUCUUGGCCAUAGUGGAGUUUGGAGUCUGACUGUUUGAGGCUGUGGACAGGUGUCUUUUAAACAGAUAACGAGUUCAAACAAGUACUAUUGAUACAGGUAACGAGUGGAGGACAGAAGAGCUUCUUAAAGAAGAAGUUACAGGUCUGUGAGAGCCAGAGAUCUUCCUUGUUUGAAGUGACUAAAUACUUAUUUUCCACCAUAAUUUACAAAUAAAUUCUUUAAAAUUCCUACAA